UAAAGCUUAGUAGGGAAGUGGGGACAGGAGAGGCGGCUGAAAGGGAGAGAAACCCCAGUGUGAGCCCCGGCAGGCUGGUGGAGUCCCCGUCCAGCAUGGAGUGCGCCCUGGACGCGCAGAGCCUCAUCAGCCUGUCCCUGCGGAAGAUCCACAGCUCCCGCACCCAGCGAGGCGGCAUCAAGCUGCACAAGAACCUGCUGGUGUCCUACGUCCUGCGCAACGCCCGGCAGCUCUACCUGAGCGAGCGCUACGCGGAGCUCUACCGGCGGCAGCCCUUCCAGCCCCAGCAGCCCAUGGAGUGCGCCCCGGCCAUGGAGGAGAUCCCGGAGCUCAGUCCCCUGCAGAUCCCCGAGGAAGGCGAGGACGAGAUGCACCAGCUGCCCAGGAUCCAGCCCGACGUGCUGGAAGAGGAGCCCCUGGAGCUGCCGCCGUGCGCCCUGGCACCGCACCCGAGCAAGGACUUACAAGGGGGCAGCUUCUACCCCAGGAGCUGCUGCUCGGAAGAAGCCGGAGGUGCGGUACCGCACUGCAGCCAGACCACCGUGCUGGACUUGGACACUCACGUUGUGACCACGGUGGAGAACGGGUACCUGCACCAGGACUGCUGCGCCUCGCAGUGCCCAUGCCAUGGCGCACCGUGCCCUGCGCUCCCGGCGGCUCCCGCUCCUCUCCCCGCAGCCCCUAAGCGCAAAUACCCCCUGGUGGAGUACAGCUACACGGGGCAGGCGGAGGACGACGACCUGGACCCCCACUUUGUGCCCUGCAAAAGGGGCAGAUACGAGGACUUUUGCCCACAGAUGGCACCACCCGAACCCACGGACUCUUCCAACAUCUCCAACCUGAUCUCUAUCUUUGGCUCUGGCUUCUCGGGGCUGAUGAGCAGACAAGCAGAGACUGAACAGAGUCUGAACGGGCACUUGUGUGGCACACAGGCGCUGGCCAGCCUGGGGGCAUGGACUAGAGCUAUAGUGGCAUUCUAGUGCCCUGUGCACCGGGUGGAUGGACUGCUAGCUUAUGGGGCAAGGGGGGGGGGGGGGGGAGAGAAAGUGGGGUGUCUCUUGGCACCAGGACUUGACUAUACAGUGAUGUUUUCUAGAAUCUGUACAGACCAGAAUAUCUUUGGACUUUAUUUUUACAAAGCAGAGAGAAGCACCUAUUUAAAUUGAGUUUUUUUGUUUUUUUUUUCAUUUGUGAUGGUUGAUCUGAAACAAGAAAAAAAAGUCCACUGGGCAGAGGCUGCAGAUCUGAGGAGGCUUCUUUUUCUUCUCCUGGUGGAGCUCACACAAGUUGAGGGCUUCACCAGGAACUUUAAAAGAACCCCUCUCCCCAAUGCUGGAAGUAGGCAGAGAUGGGUUCCUCACCUCCACACAAGUUGAGGGCUUUAUGAGCAACUUUAGAAGAACCCAAUGUUUGGAAGUAGGUUGAGAUGGGUUCCUCACCUGGUGUGGUGGUGAAGGGUCAGCCCAUUGUAUCUCAGCACUUAUGAGAUGACCCUCAAGUCUCAUGCUCUUAUUCUUCCUGUAGGACCAUGAUGGGCUAGAGGAACAAUAAACAGGCCUCCUACUUCUCAGCAUUUGUCUUCUCCAGUCUUUGUCAAGUUAGGACUCAAAGAGGUUGUAAGGUGAAGGCAGAAAUAACAACACUUUAACUUUUCGUUAUCUUUUCCUUGUGUUGUGCUGCAAAUCGUAGUCUUAGGGGUGUGUUGGAUGAGAUUUGGACCAUCAGUCCCUCAAGCCAAACAUUGAUGAUGACCUGUCACCUUCUCAUUCAGACAUGAUGAUCACAAUAACACUAUAUUCCAUGUGCAGCAGUGAAGCCACAUCUCCUCCCCCCCCAUAUUCCUGAAUGUUACCCUAAAGUUCACUUGUUCUCAUUUCAGCCUUCAACUGACUUCAUGAAGCCAGCAUAGUUUGGUCAUGUGAUCUGUCAUACGUUUUGUUUUUUUAUAUAUAUAUAUAUUUUUUGGGCAUUUAAUCCUUUUGUUGUAAAAAGGUGGUUUAGGAUGACGAGCCUGCCAUGCCAACACUCACUUACAAGCACUAUGUGUACCAGAUCUAACGUUGCCAAACGUUUUAUUUUUGUGUUCUGAUGACCUGUAUUUUGUGUAUAUUGAACUGUAUAUCACCGGGUAAAACUGUUCAGAUUUAUUUGUUUAAAUUUAUAAUCUUAAAUAAAAAAAAAUAUUCA